CAUCUGCGACCGGCCGGCCGCCCCUUAACGGCGUUUCGAAUGUUAAAGCUGGCCGGAGAUUUCCGCUCGGGUAUGGCCGUCCCCGUCGCGCACUGCUGUGACCCCAUCGUCACUGUCAGUCUUCCCCAAUUUCGUUCUGACGGUAACCGUCUCCAACCUAACCGCCAUUUCAGUCGGUGUAAGUUGAACUCCGGCGUUGCAACCGUCCCCGGCUUAACCCUACGCCGCCUCAUAGUCCCGAGGAAUUUCCUCGUCAUCUGUUUUGCUUCAAAUGACUCCGCUCAAUCAUACGAAAUCAGUUCCACAGCCAAGAUUAGGAGUGAGGUCCUUUCUCCAUUUCGAUCUGUUCGUAUGUUCUUCUACCUUGCUUUUGUUGCAAGCGGGGCUCUUGGAGGGUUUAUAGCUACAGCACGGCUUAUUGCAGCGCUGUCAAAUUCAUCAAGAGCUGCAGAAGUUCCUGAGGUCCUGCAAGGUCUUGCAAUAGAUAUUGGAGCAGUCUCCCUAUUUGCCCUUCUGUAUUACAGGGAGGAUAGAGCUAAAAAGGCUCAACUACUUAAGCUCUCAAGAGAAGAAAGCCUCUCAAAUCUAAAGCUUCGCGUGGAUGAUAAGAAAAUUCUUCGUGUUAGUAAUUUUAGAGGAAUUGCUCGUCUGGUCAUUCUUGCCGGUCCUUCAUCUUUCAUUUCCGAGUGUUUUAAACUCAGUGAACCAUUUACUGACUCCCUUGUAGAAAGAGGCGUGCUUGUUGUUCCAUUUGCUACUGAUGGAAAGGUGUUUAAUUUUGAGUUUGAGGAGAAUGAAGAGAUGAAGGAAAAGAAUGCUCGGAGAAAAAGGCUAUGGCAGCUUUCUCCUGUUUAUGUAACUGACUGGACCAAAUGGAUAGAUGAACAAAAGAGUCUGGCUAAUAUCCCCCCUGAAUCUCCAGUGUAUCUCUCUUUACGCAUGGAUGGCCGUGUUCGUGGCAGUGGUGUCGGGUACCCUCCUUGGAAUGCUUUAGCUGUUCAACUCCCACUGGUAAAGGGAAUGUGGUCCGGCCUGCUCGAUGGCAUGGAUGGAAGUGUUUAAGGAGAAAUUAGAUUUUACCAUGAAUCACCACUUGCUGUAAAGAGAAUUUACUCUUCUUUCCAUGUUUACUUCCCAAUCUUUCUUCCUUGAUUUUUCUUAAAUGCAGUCUGUAGGAGGGCAGGCAUUCAUAUUGUUGUUGGUACAUGGAACAAACACCCGGAACCUUUGAAUGUGAAGUCAUGUGUUUUGAAUCUUUGAUUGUCCAUUUGGAUGUUCCACGUGAUUUGGGUGUAAAAUAACACUGGAUCAAAGGCAUCUAGUUUUAGAUAUAAAUAUAAACAUCCGAAGCAGAUAGCUGAGACGCAUGUACCCUCAUAGAGACACAACACGUUGAAUAUCUCAGCUCAGUUCACAAAUUUGCCAUUUGAUCAGGUCACACUUAAAUUU